AUGGCUGUACGUGGCGCGGUGGGCGGCGGCGUCCGUGCGGGCGCGCCCUCCGGCGAGUACAACAACGUCACCGUCCGGCUCACGGACAUCACGAGCGCGUCGUCGGCGUCGCCGACGAAGAUCGCCGAGUUCGACCUGCCGCUGCCAAUCGCCGUGUCGCCGAGGAUGGCGCAAGAGACGAUCGUGAUGGUGGGGAUGACGCCGGGCGAGGACGUGCCGAUGCGGUACGUGCGGGCGCUCUUUGAGGGCCGCAGCGUCGAAGGCGUGGAGCUGAUGCUGAGCGGGGUCUUCGCCAGCCACGUAACGACGACGAUGGCCAGCGGGGAAGUCACGACCAGGUACCCCGCCACGUACUACUGCUGGCCGGUCACCAUCGCCGUCGGUGGCUCGUCGUCGUCGUCAUCGCCGGACUACACCAGCUUCGUCGUCACCGACGCGCCGUGCAUGGACGAGUCGGAGGCCCCGGCCAUCGUGUGA